GGUGUGGGUCGUCCGUCGCGCCGCCCGGCGGGGAGUGGGCUGGCAGCAGUAGCUGUCGCCCGCUUGGUUGCGUGACCGCAGGGUCCGCGUCCGCUCCCUCCACCCUUCGCCUUUCGCCCUUCGCCUCGUCCCGGCCUCCGCGGCCCGGCAACGGCCGUAAUGGUGCGGUCGGCGCUCCCUGCGCGGCCCCGCUGAGCCUCGGUGCGGCGGCGAGCGCGGUCGAGGUCGCCAUGCCUACCCGAGUAUGCUGCUGCUGUUCCGCUUUGCGUCCUCGCUACAAACGCCUGGUGGACAACAUAUUCCCUGAAGAUCCAAAAGAUGGCCUUGUGAAAGCUGAUAUGGAGAAAUUGACAUUUUAUGCAGUAUCUGCUCCAGAGAAACUGGAUCGAAUUGGUUCUUACCUGGCAGAAAGGUUGAGCAGGGAUGUUGUCAGACAUCGUUCUGGGUAUGUUUUGAUUGCUAUGGAGGCACUGGACCAACUUCUCAUGGCUUGCCAUUCUCAAAGCAUUAAGCCAUUUGUAGAAAGCUUUCUUCAUAUGGUGGCAAAGCUGCUGGAAUCGGGGGAACCAAAGCUUCAAGUUCUUGGAACAAAUUCUUUUGUCAAAUUUGCAAAUAUUGAAGAAGACACACCAUCCUAUCACAGACGUUAUGACUUUUUUGUGUCUCGAUUCAGUGCCAUGUGCCAUUCCUGUCAUAGUGAUCCAGAAAUACGAACAGAGAUACGAAUUGCUGGCAUUAGAGGUAUUCAAGGUGUGGUUCGCAAAACAGUUAACGAUGAACUUCGGGCCACCAUUUGGGAACCUCAGCAUAUGGAUAAGAUUGUUCCAUCCCUCCUGUUUAACAUGCAAAAGAUAGAAGAAGUUGACAGUCGCAUAGGCCCUCCUUCUUCUCCUUCUGCAACUGACAAAGAAGAGAAUCCUGCUGUUCUGGCUGAAAACUGUCUCAGAGAACUGCUGGGUCGAGCAACUUUUGGGAAUAUGAAUAAUGCUGUUAGACCAGUUUUUGCGCAUUUAGAUCAUCAUAAACUGUGGGAUCCCAAUGAAUUUGCUGUUCACUGCUUUAAAAUUAUAAUGUAUUCCAUUCAGGCUCAGUAUUCUCACCAUGUGAUCCAGGAGAUUCUAGGACACCUUGAUGCUCGUAAAAAAGAUGCUCCCCGGGUUCGGGCAGGUAUUAUUCAGGUUCUGUUAGAGGCUGUUGCCAUUGCUGCUAAAGGUUCCAUAGGUCCGACAGUGCUGGAAGUCUUCAAUACCCUUUUGAAACAUUUGCGUCUCAGUGUUGAAUUCGAAGCAAAUGAUUUACAGGGGGGAUCUGUAGGCAGUGUCAACUUAAACACAAGUUCCAAAGACAAUGAUGAGAAGAUUGUGCAGAAUGCUAUCAUCCAAACAAUAGGAUUUUUUGGAAGUAACCUACCAGAUUAUCAGAGAUCAGAAAUCAUGAUGUUCAUUAUGGGGAAAGUACCUGUCUUUGGAACAUCUACCCAUACUUUGGAUAUCAGUCAACUAGGGGAUUUGGGAACCAGGAGGAUUCAGAUAAUGUUGCUGAGAUCUUUGCUUAUGGUGACCUCUGGAUACAAAGCAAAAACGAUUGUUACUGCACUGCCAGGGUCUUUCCUGGAUCCUUUGUUAUCACCAUCUCUCAUGGAAGAUUAUGAACUGAGACAGUUGGUCUUGGAAGUAAUGCAUAAUCUCAUGGAUCGCCAUGACAAUAGGGCAAAGCUUCGAGGGAUCAGAAUAAUACCAGAUGUAGCUGACCUAAAGAUAAAAAGAGAAAAAAUUUGUAGACAAGACACAAGUUUCAUGAAAAAGAAUGGGCAACAGCUAUAUCGGCACAUAUAUUUGGGUUGUAAAGAGGAAGACAAUGUUCAGAAAAACUAUGAACUACUUUAUACUUCUCUUGCUCUUAUAACUAUUGAACUGGCUAAUGAAGAAGUAGUUAUUGAUCUCAUUCGAUUGGCCAUUGCUUUACAGGACAGUGCAAUUAUCAAUGAGGAUAAUUUGCCAAUGUUCCAUCGUUGUGGAAUCAUGGCACUGGUUGCAGCAUACCUCAACUUUGUAAGUCAGAUGAUAGCUGUCCCUGCAUUUUGCCAGCAUGUUAGCAAGGUUAUUGAAAUUCGAACUAUGGAAGCCCCUUAUUUUCUACCAGAGCAUAUCUUCAGAGAUAAAUGCAUGCUUCCAAAAUCUUUAGAGAAGCAUGAAAAAGAUUUGUACUUUCUGACCAACAAGAUUGCAGAGUCGCUAGGUGGAAGUGGAUAUAGUGUUGAGAGAUUGUCAGUUCCGUAUGUACCACAAGUAACAGAUGAAGAUCGACUUUCUAGAAGAAAAAGCAUUGUGGACACCGUAUCCAUUCAGGUGGAUAUUUUAUCCAACAACGUUCCUUCUGAUGAUGUGGUUAGUAACACUGAAGAAAUCACUUUUGAAGUAUUGAAGAAAGCAAUUGAUACCAGUGGAACGGAAGAACAGGAAAAGGAAAAGAGGCGUCUUGUGAUAGAGAAAUUUCAGAAAGCACCUUUUGAAGAAAUAGCAGCACAGUGUGAAUCCAAAGCAAAUUUGCUUCAUGAUAGACUUGCCCAAAUAUUGGAACUCACCAUACGCCUUGUAGCUGGCCAGUAACUACAAUGGCAUUGAUCUCUGCAAUUAAGGAGUCUGACUUUGAUAUUCGCAGAUAGUAGAUAGAAUACUCGGUGAAAUGAACAGCUUGUAAGUACACCUGCUGACAAUGUUUUUUUGUUCUUUUAUAGUCCUCCUCCCAGUCCAUCAGGAACACUGACCAUUACUUCUGGGCAUGCCCAAUACCAAUCUGUCCCAGUCUAUGAGAUGAAGUUUCCAGAUCUGUGUGUGUACUGAUUGGCUCAUGAAGACCUCAGCAUAGGAUCUGUAAAGCCUAAAAAUUAAGGCCAAGCUGAGGUUUCAGGGUUUACUUAAUGUGUAUUAACAUACUUCUUGAAAAUAAUGAUGGAACAUAUCUUAAACCAAAUGCUUGGCAUACCAUAUUAGAAGUUUUGGAGCUAUAUAUAAUUUUGAGUACUUUCGAAGAUAGAUUUAUGCCAUGUUAAUUUGCUUUGAGGUUCUUGUUGCCUUUUUAAGUUGAACAUGUUUUGGUUUCACUUUAUUCUACUGUUAAGUAGUAUAUUUUAAACUUUUCACAAAUGUAAUGUUUUUUAAAAAGUAAGCCUUCAGAGGAUUGAAACUGUAUAAAUUGUUUAUCUCUUAAACACCUACACAGCCGCUUAGAUGUAGAAUUUUUGUUGUUGUUUUCUGCAAAGGCAGAUACAUUUAAAUAUAUUCCUAGUCCUGGGGCUGCAAAACUGUUCGGUGGCUUUUUGUCCCCAUGCUUUAGAUAAGCUGGGAUAGGCACCCUGCUAUUCAGUUACUGUAAUAAUAUGUGAUAGGCAUUCCUCAUCUUCUUCACAAUAAUAGGACAUCUGUUGAAUAGCAUUCCUCGACUAUGACCCUUAAAAUGCCAUACUUUAAAUUGUCUGGUUCUUGUAAUACUGUGUUUCCUGCCAAGAGUUUGAUCAUUCUGCUUGAGAAGUGUAGAGCUUACUCUUGGAGUACCAAACUGUGCAAUAUUUUUACAUCGUAAGAUAUAUUAGUUUACAGGCUGUGCUUUGAAAUUAUAGUAGUAUUUUGCUGUGGCUCCAUUAAUUAAAUGAGAUAAUAUAUUUAGUGCAGAAAAAAGACAUUUAAAACAGCUAUUAAUUCACCUGUGAAGAGUCUGUACAUUUUGAUUUCCAUUGAGUACAUUUAUUUACAUUUGUAUAUUGUUUUAAAUCCUCAUAGUCAAAAAAUUCUCCAGAUGGACUUUUAAUUUGUAAGGUUUGAGCUGUGACUUGUACACAUCUGUUUAGAAUCAAUUAUAUUAUAUUUGAAAAGCUGCCUGUGUUUUAACAACAAGUGUGCUAAAGUUUGUCAAUUUAAGCUGCUUUUGAUUUCAGCUACCAAGAUCACAGGUGCACUCUACACAUACACUGACAGACCCAUAACAUUACAUACAUCUUAGUGAAUUCUAUCACAUGGUAAAAUGAACAGCUUUCUUUGUAACUCAUAAAAUUCUCUUAGGACAUUUUUAUAAAGUCACCUGUUUAUAGUUCUAUCUUUUCAGAUUCCAUUUCUUUUUACAUAAAACAGCAUACAUAUCAAAAACUGUAGCCUAGAAGACAGUUUAAUUUUUGGCUUUUGUUUUUGUUUAAAAAAUUGCAGUGAAGAAUGGGAUGUUUGUGUUUAUGGCUAUUUGGGCACCUUUAGUAGAAACAGAAAAAAGUAAGGAAAUGAUAAUAGGACAAGCAUACUUGAAAAUUUCUGAAUACUUAAACAAAAGCGCAACAUCUUGAAAACCAGUCUAGUCAUUGAAACCUAUAAAAUGACACUGGAAGAUCCUGGGCUGCUUCUUAAAUGUAGAUCAACAAGACUUGUUUCAGACUGACAGUGGAGUCGUUACCACUGGAGGACUGAAGGGCCCUGUGGCAGUUGUCCCUGGAACUUUGCCUCUUGAUCAGGUAAAAUGCUUCACCAGUCAGUAAAGCCAAGUUGUAUUUUUUUUAUUGCCCUUUUUUUCUUCUGUAUUUUUAAAGAGGGAUGUUAAUUUUUGACUAUAUAUUUUAAAAAAAUCUAAGCAGGGGGACAUGCAAAAAUAAUCAUCAUCCACUUGGAUGUCAUUUUAUAGAUUAACACUGUGUGCUUUUGUAUGGAAAAAUAUAUAAUUUAAUAGUAUAAAAAAUAAAAUAUAUAUUCAUUUGCACUUAUGUGAAACACAAACUUUGCUCUACAGAAUUUCGUGUUUCUUAGUGAUUUUAAAAUGCAUGUAUUGCAUGUAAAGGAAAACCAUUACAAUUAAUGUUUAUUACACCUUUAUCUUGGUCUUUGUUGAUUUGGGUUUUGUUGGGGUUUUUGUUACUGUUUUUAAAUUACAGUAGGCUUCUAUAUAUCCUGGAUUUCUGAACUGGUCUUGUUGACAAGGAUUCCCAAGAAACGGAUCUUUUCACUGGCAGACUCUCCCAUAUCUGCAGGAGAUUCGGCAGGAACUGGGUGUGCACACCGUGUUGUAGCCAGUUCAGGUACUGAAUAUUUAGGAUUUGGUGAAGUUCACUGUAUUGCUAUAUUUUUGUAGAUAAAUAAAACUCAAUAAAUUGUUAAUCAUUCUCUUUUUGCUGCA